UAUCAUUAAAAGUUGUACAUAGAACAAACCUAAAUAUUUAUCUUUAUUCUAUUUCAAAAAAAUUCACAACAAAAAAUGUCUGAAUAUAACCCACAAUUUGAGACGAUCAAUUGUCCUGUAAAAAUUGAACCAAUUAAUGAAGAAUUUGAAAAUGAAAUAACAGAAAAUGGAUGUGAAGUAAUUAUAAAAGAAGAACGAUCAGAUACACCGGAUACAGAUGAACAAAAUGAAGAUUUCGAGCAAUACGAAGAUGAGGAACCAAGUAUCGAAGCCGAAGUGAUCAUAAAAGAAGAGAGAUCAGAUUCCGACGAUCAAGAUUCUGAACAAGCUACAUCAAACGCAGCAUUUCAACUUGUUUGUAACAUUUGUUACAAAAAAUUCCCUAAUUUAAGCAGAUUAAAAAAACAUGAAAAAACCCAUACGACAGAACGUCCUUUUAAGUGUACUGUGUGUAACAAGACUUUUACGCAACAAAAUAAUUUAACAGCACACGAACGGACUCAUUCCGGCGAGAAACCAUUCAAAUGUAAAUAUUGCAACAAAGCAUUUAUUCAACAGAAUAAUUUAAAUGCUCAUGAACGUACUCAUACUGGGGAACGGCCUUUUAAGUGUAAUGUGUGUGAUAAAACUUUUGUCCAGCAGGCUCAUUUAAUAACGCAUAACAAAGUACAUACGGAAAUAAGGCCAUACAAGUGUUACGCGUGUGAGAAAACUUACACUCAACCAAAUCAUUUAAUCGCCCAUGAACGUACCCAUACAGGAGAAAGGCCGUAUAAAUGUGAUAUAUGUGAUAAAUCUUUUCCAUUUCAAAGCGCUUUAGGUACUCAUUUAAAAUCCCACCAAGAUAUACGACCGUUUAAGUGUGAAUUAUGUGAUAAAACAUUCAAACGACAAGAUGGUUUAAUAACACACGAGCGUACACAUACGGGGGAAAAACCAUUUAAAUGUAAAUUUUGUGAGAAAUCAUUUACGUAUCAGAGUACGUAUACUACACAUGUGCGUACCCAUACGGGAAUUAGACCUUUUAAGUGUGAAUAUUGUGAGAAAACAUUUAAUCGCCAUGACGGAUUGGUGGAACAUGUGCGGUCACACACCGGUGAGAGGCCGUUUAAAUGUGAAGAUUGUCCGAAGACAUUUAUCACAAAAGGAGGUUUAGUGAAACAUAUAAAACGACAUGGCCAACAUCAUAUGACUAUUUUACAGGUUCCGGUUCUUGGAUUUACGACGAUUCAUGGAGAUAAACGUUAUUUAUGUACAUAUUGUGGGAAAGCAUUUGCAGAUGGUACGAAUUAUAUUAUUCAUGUACGAACUCAUACAGGAGAAAAACCAUAUCAAUGCACUCAAUGUGAUUCGAAAUUUAAGGAUAGUACUAGCUUACAACAACAUUCUGCAAAACAUUCAGAUGAAAGAAAAUUUGAAUGUGAUAUUUGUAAAAAUAAAUUUAAACGUAAAGAGGACUUAAAAAGACAUGAACUUACACAUGCAGAAGGAGAAAAUUAUACUUGUGAUAUUUGUAGUAAAAAAUUUAAGACAAGAAAAUCUUUGCGUGGUCAUCAAUUUGUUCAUACAGAAAUGUUAGAAAAUUGUACUUGUACGGUGCAGUUUUUAAAUCUAAAGAUUUGUGAUGCUUUUAGUAGCUCAAAUUUAAUUACAAUGCCGGAGAAUAAAGUCAUUGAGCUGAGUGAUUUUGAAACCGUUUGUAGAAUUUGUUUAGAUAAAAAAAAAGACAUGAUUUCAAUGUUUGAAACUACAUUACUUCCAAAUUUAAUAAAAACCUACAGAGAAAUGCUAGAAGAAUGUGCUUCAGUACAUAUAUCCAAUGAUGAUUUACUACCCAAAAAUUUAUGCUUCGAAUGUUUAAAAUGUUUGAAACAAUCUUAUAAAUUCAAAAUCCAAUAUUUAUCAACUGAAAAAUUUUUAGAGGAAAUUAUCACAAACGCACAACCAAAUAUAAAAGUAGAAGUUUCAAUUGAUGAAGAUGAUGAUUUUAAAAAUGAAGACAGUUCUUUUAAUUUUCAUAAUUCAGAUUUUGAGACUACUCAAAAUGAAACUAUCAAAAAAGAAUUCAUUUCGAUUAAGCAAGAACCAAACAAACCUACAAAUAGAGAACUAAAACAAAAAUAUAAAUGUGCCGAAUGUGGAAAAGAAUUUCAAUUAAAAGCAAAACUUUAUAAACAUCAAUUGAUUCAUUCGAAAAUACUAAAAUGUAUAUUCUGUGAUAAAAGCUUUGACUCCUUUAGAAAUAUGAAAAAUCAUUCUCCAGAGAUAGUUCGUUGUGAAAUCUGUCAGGAAAUUUGUGAAUGUAAGGGUACUUUGAAGGAUCAUGUAUUUGAGCACGUUACGACGUGUGACAUAUGUGGCAAGAAAUUUCAAACUGCACCUCAUUGUAAACGUCAUCGAAGGACUCAUGGAGACAAACGUUAUUUAUGCACGUAUUGUGGAAGAGCAUUUGCUGAUGGUACGAAUUAUAUUGUUCAUGUACGAAUUCAUACAGGAGAAAAACCAUAUCACUGUACUCAAUGUGAUUCCAAAUUUAAGGAUAGUUACCGCUUACGACAACAUUACAUAACGCACUCGGAUGAAAAAAAUUUUGAAUGUGGAAUAUGUAAAAAUAAAUAUAAACGUAAAGAGGACUUAAAAAAGCAUGAACUUACGCAUGCAGAAGGAGAAGAUUAUUCUUGUGAUAUUUGUGAUAAAAAAUUUAAAACAAAAAAAAAUUUACGUCGUCACCAAGUCAUUCAUAAAGAUGAACGAAAUUAUAUUUGUACAUACUGUAACAAAGCAUUUGGCAAAAGUUAUAAUUUAAAAGUGCAUCUGCGAAUUCAUACAGGAGAAAAACCAUUUACUUGUAGUAAAUGUGGAAAAAAGUUUGGUCAGAAACAUGUACUUAACAGUCAUAUGAAAACUCAUUUUGAAGUGCCUGAGUAAAUUUUAAAUUAUGUAUAGUUCAAAAGUACGAAAGUAUACCACUGCUGAGCAUUGCAACAUUUGGUGUUACAUUUUUUUGGAGUUGUAGUUUACAUAGAGUGAA